AGCAUAUAAUUUUUUUAUAAGCUUUUAUAAACUUAUAUAACUAUUUUUACAUUGUACUCCACAAUACUUUUUUAAAUGUUUAAAGAACACCAGGGUGUGUGUUACCUUGUAGUCAUAUCUAAAAACAUGCAAGCAUAACAUCCUGUUUGGAUCACACAAUUGGGAAUUGGCAUGGUACCCUGUAGUAUGGAAAAAAUGAGGAAUGUUUCAGUUGUAAAUGCCAGUGUGAAAUUGCCACUUUAAGUGAACACUCAUUGACUUCAGUGUUCCCCAGUGACUCAUUGGCACUAUAGCACACCUGAAAUUUAGACAGAGACACAGAGAGAGAGAGAGAGACUUAAAACCGACCUAUCCAGUUACCCUCAUCAUAACUGAUCAAAUAUCAGUAGUCUUUCUGAUGGUCAUGACAUAUCAGUUUAGCAAACAAUAUUUUCCAUAUAUGGACCGAGAAGCAAACAACUCAAUGGUGUCAUUGUUUUCAUGAUUGUGCAAUCCUCGACUCUCCAUAUAAGGAUAAAUUAUUGAUUACAUUGUUAUGUAUUGUUCGAAUUAUUGAAUAUACGAAUUGUUGUCUGCUACUGUGUUCUCUUAUGUUAAUUUACAUUUUACUCCAGUAAUAUUAGAAAAAAAAAUUAAAACAGAAAGACAGGAUUUCAUGAUCAAAUGAGUUUUCUUUUGAUCUACUCUACAUGCAAACAUUUCACUAGGUGAAGGCCAUUUGGCAUUCGCCCCAAAAUUUCACGGUACACUGUUACCUCUGCUGACAUAUCCAAGAAUAAGCACUCUUCAAUCCUUACAUGGACAAAAACAGACAGGUGUAAAUCAGCACGAUCAAUAUGAUGCAAAAUAAUGACAAAGAAUUUCCCAGCUUGGCAGUUGCCAGCCUUUCCCAGAAGUAUUUAAUCAAAAUUUUCAGUUUCGUUUUCUCUAUCUUUUUUUACACAUCUUAUUGGGUGAUACGUCUGAAAGGGAGUGUAUGCAGGCUUGCUGUGGGGGGACUGGGAUGUGAGAGUGUGUCUGUCAGUGGGCCCCUCCCAUCUCCAUCCAGUAUAAAUGCCCUCACGCCUGCUGUGGAGACUCAGACUAUUAGAAGAGUUUCACAGCUGCAUUUCAGCAUUACCUGCAAGUGAAAGCCUUUGGAUUAUUUUACACACAGGAAAACUCUAAUCCAAGUGAAUUGUACUUCUCUACAGGUUUCAGUCAAGAUGCAUCUGAUUCUGCAUACCGCCUUCUGCUGUUGCCUGCUGGCCACCGUUGCACCGAGCGUGAACAGUGCGAAGUAUGACCUGGGACAAGUUUUGAAAAGAAGUGUCUGGCCGCAGAGAUCAAAAAGGGAUUUGAGUCUGGCUGCACUGGGGACUUUAAAAAACAGCCAAUUCGUCAGACCGGACGAGGUCAAGGACAGCAUGAUGCCACAUUCCAGCACUGACAUCAGCGUGAGGACGAAACGCUCCAAGAAUUCCAUCAACCAGUCCAGGAGACCGGGCUGCUCGCUUGGCACCUGCACGGUGCAUGUGCUGGCUCACCGCGUCCAUGAUCUCAACAACAGGCUCAAGAUUGGGAACGCGCCCCCGGAGAAGAUCAGUCCCCUGGGUUACGGCAGAAGGCGAAGAUCAGUUCCAGAGAAAGUAAUAAGCCUGCGACAGGAGGGCAGAAGGCUGCGGCCGGUGUGGAGCAGCUCACGGCUGGACAAGCUGGAAGCGCUGCUCAAAUGGACUUGAGCGGGAGCGCACGGGGGACGCGGCGACAGAGAUUCUACACAUGCCUCAGACUCCUGCCAAGAGUCCUCCGGCACAUUCUUUUCCAAGCAUAGGGGUUGGGAGAGCAGUCUUGUAUGCUGAAGGCUGUCCUCUGAGGAGCAAGCACAGUGCAGAUGGAGAUAUGGCGAUGGAGCGCAGUAGAUGAAUCAGUGUACCUUGGAUAUGGAGGCAAAGUGGACCUGGCCUCAGGGAUAAAGCAGAACCUCUUCUCUCGGGACAAAUGGACUGCCCUCCUGGUGAACCAGUUUGUGGGAUUUAAAUGGCCCUUUUAAUAACUGCGUGUUCAGAAGAGACUUUGGACUUCAACAGGGAAGAAAUUCAGAUUCAUGAUUCUAGAAGGGAAUACAUAAAGACUUUUAGAGAAGCUUGGAAUCACAUUAGCGGACACUGUAAACCUUAGAUUAUAUGAAUUGUCUGUGCCAGUCCAUAAGGAUUGUACUCUAACUUACUUGAACUUGUUGUUAUUAUUAUUAUUUGUAUAAAGAAAUGUGCAAUCAAUGUUAUUUUUUAUUCCAAGUAUAUGUAUAUUUGAAGAAAGCGGUCAAAGAUAUUAUUAUUUAAUUGUUUUAUAUUAGUUUAUUCUACUUACAGAGAUUAUUUUUGUAAAGGAAAAAUAAGGGCAUUGAAGGUAGUGCUAUAUAUUGAUAUAUAUUAUUACUUUGUGUCGAGAAUGUCUUGAGCUGUGGUUAUAGGAUAACUUGUAAUGCAAUUAUAUAUUUGUAAAUGAGAUUUAUUUUAUUGGCGUGAAUGUGUGUGAAAUGGAGUAACAUUGUCAUUUAAUAAACCUUUGCAUACAAAACAAACGUCUUCCAGUCCUGUUAUUUCUUCCACAGGACGUGCAGAUAAUAAAAGGAAAGAGUUUCCAUUGUUCUUUCUUCAGGUUGGCCAGUGGACAGACAGAUGAUCAACACCUGGUCUGGGUUAUUACAUGUUAAAGACCCCGUGGGAUGGACGGGUGCCAAGUGCAUUCCUUGUUUCUGUCUUCCAUACCUUCCCACUGCAUGCAGUUCCAUAGUAUGAUGAGCUACUGGAAUUCUGUAUUUUGAAAGUAUGGAGCAGGACUGUGUUUAAUUGGAGCUCUGCGGGGUGGCUUUGCAGGAUGUAGGGCAAAGAGCUUUGUAGUGCUGGCCCGGGCAGAGUGAGAGGUACAAUCCUCUUAAACACAUAAUUAGCAUUCCUGUCUUAAUGGGAAGGAACUUCAGAAAUGCACUUUUACCCACAG